CUAAUCGAGACCAUUACAACAGUGGUGCGAUCGAUCGGGCCUGGAGGGAGAUAGCGAAGCAGCUCAACCGAACCUGCGACAUGUGCAAAACGACGUGGAUCUCACUUCGCGAGAGCCAUCGGUACAGGAAGAAAAUUGUCCAGAAGAAAUCCGGUAGCGAAGGGGGAGAGCCACUUCCAGGCCCAUCAAGCAGUUGUUUGGAGUGGGAGUUUGCGGAGGACUUAUCGUUCCUACCGGACACUUCUCGCAAGCGCAAAACGUUUUCCACCACAAAGCAAUCGGAAUCCGCUGCACAUGAAAUCGAACAAGAAAGAACUGAAGAAGAAGGUCGGACUAAUUACUUUUACCAAUCGCCACGUUCGGAAAACAAGAAGCCCAGCAAGGAAGAUGAUUCCCUCAGCGUUCUUGCGAGUAACAUUACAAGUCUAAUUGACUAUUCCAAAACGCUGGAAGACAGUCCGCUCGUGUUCCAAACAGCGUUGGCCAAUAUCGACCGCAUGCUGCAGAGGCUGUCGCCAGACGUUGCUGAAGAUGCCAUCUAUGAAAUGACCACUCUACUCUACAGAAAAAUUAAGGAGCAGCAGCAGCUGUAAUUCGUUUGCCUUACCUUACGGAAGGUAUAAUUUUAUUUGUUUUCUUUUAUGUGUACUUUAAACUCUAUUGAGGCUGUUUAGCCUUAUACCUCAUAAGAAUAAAAAGAUUCAUCUAGACUGAUAGCAUA